CUAAGCUGCUGAAGCUGGCAUCACCUCCUGCACUCUACACGUUGCUUUGCUUCUCAGUCAGGACGGACAAGUAGCACUGUUCCACCACCGAAGUCCGUCUUCUGUCCUCUGACACCUUCGGAUCACCUUUCCACAACAUAUCUCAGUGAUUAUUACUACAGGAAGGAGGUGAAGUGUGCAGAGAAGGAUCAGUAAGCUUGGGGUUCGCUUUGUUCAGUCAGACUGCUGAUUUGUACAGAGGAUAGAGGUAGCUUACAGCAGCAGCCAUGACUAAAAAAAACGUGGAGAACCCGCGCUCUCGCAGCCGGGUGCAGCGGAUCCGUGAGGACAUCCAACUGCGCUCUCUGAAGGCCAGGAAGAAAGUAGAGGACAUCACCAAAGACGACGUUAAGAGCUUCUUGAGGAGGAACGCCUUUGUGCUGUUUACCAUCGGGGCAGUUGCUCUUGGCAUCAUCCUCGGAUUUGCCCUGCGGCCGUAUAAGAUGUCCUACAGAGAGGUGAAAUAUUUCUCCUUCCCCGGAGAACUCUUAAUGCGCAUGCUCCAGAUGUUGGUCCUCCCCUUGCUGGUGUCCAGUCUCAUCACAGGGAUGGCAGCUCUUGACAGUCGAGCUUCAGGGAAGAUGGGGAUGCGGGCCGUGGUGUACUACAUGACUACGACAUUCAUCGCUGUGUUCAUCGGAAUCAUCAUGGUCCUUAUCAUCCACCCUGGCAAAGGCUCCAAAGAUGAGUUUACUCAGCAGCAGAAAAUCGAGCAAGUCAGCCCAGCUGAUGCCUUCCUGGACUUGAUCAGAAACAUGUUUCCACCCAACCUUGUUCAGGCUUGCACACAGCAGUUUAAAACCCAAUAUGCCAAAAAGAUUGUACAUGUGAAGGUGAUUGUAAACGAGAGCAUUUUAAAUCUAACCAAUGCCAGUCAAGAGAUUACUCGUGAAGAUAUCAUCCCAAUCUCUGGCACUACAAAUGGAGUCAACGCCCUCGGGCUGGUUGUGUUCUCCAUGUGUUUCGGCCUGAUCAUUGGGAAUAUGAAAGAGGAGGGCCAAGCUCUCAGGGAGUUUUUCAACUCCCUCAACGAGGCCAUCAUGCGUCUGGUUGCCAUCAUCAUGUGGUAUGCACCCAUCGGUAUCCUCUUUUUAAUUGCUGGUAAAAUCGUCGAAAUGGACGACAUCACUGAAAUGGGAGGACAACUAGGCAUGUACACUGUGACUGUCAUCAUAGGCCUUAUGAUCCAUGGCAUUGUUAUUCUGCCUACUCUCUUCUUUGUCAUCACCCGGAAAAACCCCUUCAUUUUCAUCACUGGCUUAUUGCAGGCCCUAAUCACCGCCCUGGGAACAUCAUCCAGUUCAGCCACUCUACCCAUAACAUUUAAGUGCUUAGAGGAGAACAACAAAGUUGACAAGAGGGUGACCCGCUUUGUGCUGCCAGUUGGCGCCACCAUCAACAUGGACGGAACGGCACUGUAUGAGGCGUUGGCUGCCAUCUUCAUCGCCCAGGUCAAUAACAUGGAGAUGAACUUUGGGCAGAUCAUAACUAUUAGCAUCACGGCUACAGCUGCCAGUAUCGGAGCUGCUGGAAUCCCCCAGGCUGGACUGGUCACCAUGGUCAUUGUGCUGACCUCUGUCGGCCUCCCCACUGAUGACAUCAGCCUCAUCAUAGCAGUCGAUUGGUUCCUCGACCGACUGCGCACAACGACCAACGUACUGGGCGACUCUAUAGGAGCGGGCAUUGUGGAGUUCCUGUCCCGGGAUGAGCUACAGAAUGGUGAUUUGGAAAUGGGCAACUCCGUACUGGAAGAGAACGAGGUAAAGAAGCCUUACCAGAAGAUUCCUCAAGAGAAUGAGUAUGAGAACGAGAAACCUCCAGACAGUGAAACCAAGAUGUAGUAACUCCCAGAAUCCUAGUGUGGUGUGAGUGCCCAAGCAGGGAUUUCUUCAUGUGUGUGUGUGUGUGUGUGUGUGUGCGUGUGUGAAUGAAAAAAAGAAGAAAGCAUGAUUGUUAUUCAUUUUAUUUUCAUUGGCUACUUUUGGUACUUUGGCAUUACUUCACACCUUCAGUGUGUUGUACCUCUCACAUUUUCGACAUUCAUUGAUUCCUCAUUUUACAUUAAUCAUCACCUUUCUAUCAUUUUGAGAUUUACUGGUCAUAUCAUGACCGGACACGCGGUGAAAAAGGAACUGAAAUUCUGCUGGUAUCCUGCUGAGAAGGUUUAGAUAAGUACGACAAGAUGGCGACCUGUAGAAAGUAAAAUAGAGAUUUGACUUGCGGUUAAAAAAAAAAGUAAUGUUUAACUUGAAGAGUGUAAAGUAAAGAGAACUGAAUGGAAACUAGAGGGUCAUGUGUCAUUUAAUUUAACAGCAUCAAGUGAUAUAUACAUUUGAAAACGCAUUUUAUGUAGUAGCGUCAAAGUCGAUGAUCGAUUGGACAAAUGAGGUAAUUAAUAAUUUGUCCAAAGCAAUGCACUGGGGAUGGACUAACAUUACAUAUUUUUGCCUCCUAACAUCCAGCAGUAAAAUUACAACAUGUAUUUAUUAAACCCCGCAAAAUAGGAAGAGCUACUUGCUCCAGUAUGUUGCCCCUGUGUUUAAAACGACCUUAAAAAAAAAAAAAAAACUUAGAUUCAUUCAUGCAGUCAAAUAUUUUUCUUUUACAAUUUACUUAUUUUUCUUUGUACUUACCUUGUCUUUAUUUUAAUGCUGGAAUGUACAGAAUUGUGCAAAAUUCUUGAGUCACCCCUCAUUUCUUUAUAUUUUGCUUUCAGACGUUGUCGUACUAAUGUCGUCUUGAGGAAUAGUUCUCCAGGCUUCCUGACUUUUUCACAUUUCAUAUUUGGUACUUUUUGGCUAUCAUUUCCAGUCCAGUUUCAGACGAAUGUUUUAAUGCUGAGGUUGUUACAUAAACAACUAAUUUUUUAAUUGUAUCUUUAGGUGCUUUACAGUUUGUUGCCGUAAAUCAACUGUUCACAAUUUCUUUUAUUUAAUUUAUGGAAUUAAAAUUGUAUUUAUUAUAAAAUAUGAAAUGAGGGCUGACUCUUUGCACAGUAUUCAUGGUAUUAGAAUGUACACAGAAUUUUAAUUCAAAAACAGCUUACAGUGUUUUUUUUCCCCAUGCAUACUUUUAGGGCAUCCUGGUAGCACACUUGAAACACUGAAAUGCUACACCUUUACUGCAAUUUGCUAACAUAAAUAGUUUAUAUCAUGUUAUAUAAAUAGCAUAUUAUAUAGUUGUAGCUUUGGAGAGGUAAUUGUAGGUAUCAUGAAUGAUAUUGCGAAGUCUCCUGGGACUGCACUGAGCUGGAAUGAAAGUGUCAUAAAUUCUGGAUCCGACAUUACAGACAUAAACAUGCUGAGCUCCUACUAACUCACUCGAAUGGAAACUGUGAUUUUGCUUCUUUUUCUGAUGUGUCUAUGGGGAUUUUAUUCAUAUUGUUGGUUAUUUGCCCCUUAGAUCCACACACAAAAUAAAAUACUGUAUGUGGUUGCAAACUACAUGGAAUAUGUGAAACUGUAGGUUUGUCUAUGGUAUACAGUAUAUAGUUUUGAAUAAAACAGGAAAUAAAAAGGAAAUGCAACGUUGUACGUGUCUAAAUGUGCAAAUGUGUGUGUUGUCCUCAAGAAUGAUCUGGAUUAAUUUAAGUUUUAUUGAGGCGCUCAUUUUCAUUCAAAAAAUGUUUUAU